AUGGACGGCACCGACAAGGAGACCAGGUCCGACUCAUCCCGGGACGACGGCGUCGGAGGAGAGCCCGUCCGAACCGGGAGUCGUGUCGGGCGCGUGUUGAGCCGCAUCGCGUCCACGCCCACCUCGGACCCCGGUCCUCCGCCGGACGGAGGAUACGAUGCCUGGAUGGCCGUACUGAGUGCGCACUUCAUCUUCAUGGACACAUGGGGAUUCGUCAACUCAUUUGGCGUGUUCCAAACGUACUACGUUCGGCAACUGGGCAGGCCGCCUUCGGACAUCUCCUGGAUCGGGUCGUUCCAGGUCUUCCUCCUCUUCUUCGUCGGCGCCUUCUCCGGCCGCUUCACGGACGCGGGCUACUUCCGGCACCUCUUCCUGUGCGGGUCCUUCCUGGUCCUCCUCGGCAUCUUCGCCACCUCGUGGUGCACGCAGUACUGGCAGAUCUUCCUCGCCCACGGCGUCUGCGUCGGCCUGGGCUUCGGCCUCGUCUUCUGCCCGUCCCUGGCGACGCUGUCGACCUACUUUGACAGGAGGAGGGCGCUGGCCAUCGGCAUCGCCGCCGUCGGCAGCGCGUCCGGCGGCCUCGUCUUCCCGAGCACCGUCCGCCAGCUUCUGCCGCGGGUCGGGUUCCCCUGGGCCAUGCGCACCCUCGGCUUCAUCCAGCUCGCGACGCUGUCCGUGGGGCUGGUCUUCCUGAAGCCGCGGAUACCGCCGCGCAGGGCGAGCAAGCUGGUCGACUUGUCCGCCUUCAAGGAGCUCGAGUACACCUUCUACACCGCGGGAGGCUUCUUUUCCUUCAUGGGCGUAUACUUCGCCUUCUACUACCUGGCCUCGUACAGCCGAGACGAGCUCGGCUUUUCGUACACGGACUCGCUGAACCUGCUCCUGGUCCUCAACGGCAUCGGCUUCGUGGGACGCCUCGGGCCCAACUUCCUCGCCGACAAGGUCGGGACCAUCACCGUCUUCACGCCCAUGGCGCUCCUCUCGGGGCUCCUGAUGUACUGCUGGAUCGCCGUCGGGUCCGCGACGGGCCUCUACGUGUGGACCGUCUUCUUCGGUGUCGCCGGCAACGCCAUCCAGUCCCUCUUCCCCGCGGGCAUCAGCGCCCUGACGACGGACCCGAGCAAGCAAGGCUCGCGCAUCGGCAUGGUCUUCACCGUCGUCUCCUUCGCCGUGCUCACCGGCAACCCCAUCGCCGGCGCCAUCGUCUCGGCCACUGGGGGUCGGUACCUCGGCGCCCAGGCCUUUGCUGGGAGCUGUCUGAUGCUCGGCGCUUUCUUCCUGGCGCUGGCCCGCGUGGUCAAGACGAAGAAGAUAGGACACGGGUGGUUUGUCAAGGUUUAA